AGUCGCUGCUGCUGCUCCACUCGGGUCAGUCUGAUCUCUGCUGCUGCUGCUUCGCUUUGUUGUCCAGACAAGACGAGAGGUUCCUCCGCUCACAGGACCCGCACUGCUCACCGCACACACCGCUUCUCUCCGCAGUUUAACCCAACAAAAAACAUCCAGCAUCAUGGGCCAAGGCUGCCUGAAAGCGACCAAGUACUUCCUGUUCCUCUUCAACCUCAUCUUCUUUCUGUGUGGGGGCGUCAUCAUGGGCUUCGGACUGUGGCUCCUGCUAGACAAUCAGAGCUUCAUCGUCGUCCUGAAUAACUCCACAGCUGUAAAGGCGGCCUGCUACAUCCUGAUUGGAGUUGGGGCUUUCUCCAUGCUCAUGGGCUUCCUCGGCUGCUUGGGCGCCAUCUAUGAGAUCCGCUGUCUGCUUGGCCUGUACUUCAGCUGCCUCCUGCUGAUCCUCCUUGCUCAGGUAGCAGCCGGUGCUCUCAUCUUCUUCCAUAAGGAUGUGUUGAAUGAAGAGAUGUCCAAGAUCGUCAGCAAAGUGCUGGACGACUACCCCGGCAACAACUCAACCACGGAGCAGGCCUGGGACUUCAUCCAGAGGAAUAUGGAGUGCUGUGGCUGGAUUGGCCGUCUGGACUGGAGCGGUAACAUGGUGAUCGUCAACAGCUCCCAGCUGCUGUUUCCCUGCUCCUGCCAGAACAUCUCGCUCGCCUCCGGGAACUUCUCCGACAGCGGUUUCUGCGAGGCUCAGACGCCCGACUGGCCCGUUUACGACGUGGGUUGUGCUGCCAGCGUGGAGAGCUGGCUCGUCACCAACAUCGGGGUCGUCCUGGGUAUCUGCCUCGGAGUGGCUCUGAUUGAGCUGCUGGGGAUGAUCUUGUCCAUCUGCAUGUGCAAAAACAUUCACACGGAGGAUUACACCAAAGUGCCAAAGUACUAAAGAAGCUCAGUGGGGGAAGUUAACGCUUUGAACUGAACACAAACACAGAACGACAACGAGAGGAAACAGUAAAAUAAUGCAUUUUGGUUUUUUUCAUCCUGAAUUUGGUGAAAAUGUCAAAUAAUGUUUGCUUUGUAUUUUUUUUGGAUUCUUCUUCUUUUGAGGCACUUCUAUCUUUUUGUUUUUGUCAGUCCAGGUUUUCUUUGGAGCACUUUAGAUAUUAUUUUGGAUCAGAGAGCGAUGCUGAAAACUUUUAUGUUAAGGUUAAAGGAACCUGUUGGAGAAAUGAUGGAUGAGGCUGCCCGUAUGUGUCGCUGGUUUCUCUGCAAGUUAUCGCUUCGUGGUUUCAGUUUUCCCUAAAAAAUCUGAAUAGGAAUCAUGUUUAUUUUCUGUGACGAAGGAAGCAAAAGCUAACGUUUACAUGACGUAACUGAUUUGGACAACUGGAAAGAUCCACCUCGUGUUUGUGUGGUGUGUUUUGAUUUUACAUUUUUUUUAUACACCAGCGUUUUGAGUUAUUGUGAAAUGUUUGUAGUACUUUGUAUAUAAUUUUAGUCAUCAUUUCUGUGAAUUUGUAUCCAUAAAAGUCUGCCAGUGUUUUCUUUAGCAGCUGGUUUUUAAGUCGUUAUUUUUUUUUUUUUUCGUGUUUUCCUCAUUUUGAAUUUUUCUUGGAAAUAAUAGAAAUAAUGAAAAUAAUACUAAAGAGGAACAUUUAUGAUACGUUUUCCAAAAGUAUCACUCCCAGUUUACAAUUGUCUUCGACGAAAAGUAAAAACACGACUUUUAAGUUCAUAUUUUAUCCACUUUAAUGUCAAAACAAACAAACACGGCGUUCUAGGAGUGAAAUGUUUCUUGUAACCACUUUUUGAAAUAUGUGAACUUGAAAUAUGAGGAAAGGGGGAAAUUAUUUUGGCGUAGAAGAAAUAUUUUUUGGGAGAUUCAUCUUGGAAAUUUCUUUAUACAGAAACAUUUAAAAUUAAUUUUAUGUAAAAAAAUUUUUUUUUUUACUUCCAGCCAAGAUGUGUUGUUUUUAUAAUGUACAAAUCCACCAUCUUGUUUUCCUUUUUUUAUGUACAGUCUAUAUGAAAAACAUCUCAUUAACCGUUAUAAUAAUAGUUUCUAAGACGGAAAGUAUGUUUGUAACUAGAUUACAAAGUGUGUACUCACAACAUUCAGUCUUUCUUUUUGCCAAUAAACUCAUUACAGGAG